AUGGCAGCUAACAUCUCUGUGGCUGGUGGUUUCCUGCUGCGACAGAUCAACUACCAGAUUAUUAUUGUACAGAUCCUGGUUAUUAUUUUCCUGUGGGUCAACAUGUUGCUCAUUGUCACCUUUUUUAAAAAGGAAUGCUUUUACGCGAGUGCUCGGUACAUCUUGUUUGCUGUGAUGCUGCUGUCUGACAGUAUGGUGCUGAUUGUAUCCGAUGUUCUGCUCAUUUUAAGCUAUUUUCAGUUGACUGUGCAUGUCUGGUUGUGCACCAUUAUCUCUGCAGUUACACUUAUUUACGCUCAUGUCACACCGGUUACUCUGACAGCAAUGACUCUGGAGCGCUACGCAGCCAUUUGCAUGCCCCUGCGUCAUGCAGAGCUGUGCUCCACACGCAGAGUUAUGUUCUUCAUCCUCGUCAUCCACGGCAUCAGCUCCGGCCCGUGCGUGGUCAUUCUCUCCAUGUUUUUUGCCUCAGCCUCUCUCAGCUUUUACAAACAAAGCAUGAUCUGUUCAGCGGAGCGUUUUCUCUUCCAGACAUGGCAGCAGCAUCUCUGGUAUGCUGUGAGUCAGAUAUACUUCCUCAUCAUGUGCAUCAUCCUCGUUUUUUGUUAUGAGAGGAUCAUGAAAGUGGCCAAAGCAGCAUCUUUGGAGAAUAAACUGUCCACUCAGAAGGGGCUCCGCACGGUGCUGCUGCACGCUUUCCAGCUGCUGCUCUGUCUCAUCCAGCUGUGGUGCCCUUUCAUCGAAGCUGCCGUGUUUCAAAUUGAUUUGAACUUAUUUUCACGAGUCAGAUACUUCAACUACAUCAUGUUUAGCCUCGCUCCCAGAUGUCUGAGUCCUCUCAUUUAUGGACUCAGAGAUGAAACGUUCUUUCUUGCACUAAAAAACUACACCUGCUUUAGUUUAAGUAAAAGAAGCAUCUUCUAA